AUGCAGCAGGACGAAGUGAUUUGGCAAGUUAUUGGCCAUGAAUUUUGCUCAUAUAGGAUAAAAGGUGAAGCCUUAAAUUUUUGCAGAAAUGAGUAUAACGUUACUGGACUUUGCAAUCGACAAUCGUGUCCAUUGGCAAACUCUCGUUAUGCUACAGUUCGAGAGGAUAACGGAAAACUGUAUCUUUAUAUGAAAACAAUUGAAAGAGCACAUUCGCCCGCGAAGUUAUGGCAACGGAUUAAGCUGUCCAAGAAUUAUACCAAGGCGUUGGAACAGAUUAACCAAAAUUUGCUUUACUGGCCUGGACGUCAAAUCCAUCGCUGCAAACAAAGACUUACUCGUCUUACACAGUACUUAAUGAAAGCCAGGAGGCUUGCUCUUAAACAUCAACCUACUUUAAUCCCUAUAAAGCCUAAGCAAAAACACCGUGAAACCACCAGAGAACGUAAGGCUCUCGUUGCUGCUAAAUUAGAAAGAAACAUUGAGCGAGAAUUGGUUGAGCGGCUUAAGAGUGGUGUCUACGGCGAUCAGCCACUUAAUGUGAACGAGGAAAUCUGGCACAAGGUUUUGUCCGCUCGCGAGGGUUUGGUUGAUGAAGCCAAGGAGCAAGAAGACCUCGAAGAUGCCGAAGUCGAAUAUGUUGAUGAAGACGAAGACGAGGAUGAGGAGGAGAUUUCCGACUUAGAAGACUGGUUGGCGGAUCAAGGUUCUGAAGAAGCUCCAACUUCUGAAAGCGACGAGGACGAAGAAAGUUCAGAUGGCGAAGAAGAUGCCACAUCUAAAAAACGCAAGUCUGCUGAAGAUAAAAAGCCUAGCAAGAAGCGUGGUCCUCACAUACAUAUUGAAUAUGAACGCGAACAUGAGACUGCUCCAGCUGUGCAGCAACAGCAUGCCUGGUAA